UUAUAACCCUGGAUUAUAUCAGCCCUCUCACGUCGGUAGUGAAGUGAGAAUAGAUUUACUUUUGAAGCCUUUCAGAGUUUCAGGAUAGGAUAAUAAACUCAUACCUAGAAUCAUUGUUGUUGCUCUCCAUUGCACAGCUUCAAUCUUGUGGUCAUCUGCCAUGAAAUGGGGAUUCCAUGAAACCGUACAAUAUUCAAGAUGUGGGCGUACCAGGGUUUUGUACAGAGUCUGCAUGCGGUUAGACCGACUUCAAGAUCGGACAUGAUGAACAUUGCUUAAGAUCCCUGAUACUAGUACUACGUUCUAACUCUGGGAUUCACCCUACCUACAUGUAGUACUUGUGGUCCAUCGCACUCGGAUCAGCUGUCCCUCCAUGAAUCUGAAUAUAAUGUGACAAGAUGGCUGCUGGAAAGCAUCUUAUCCUCGCCACCAUCGUUGAAGUUCUUCCUGGUCAGUUGACCUAUCCAGCAUGUGUCACCUGUUACACAAAACUUCAUCGUCUCGGCAGUUCAGAUCAGUUCCAGUGCCAAAGAUGUGGGAAGGUGUAUGAGGCCAAACAAGUCCACCAGCGCUAUCGACUGGCCAUUAAAGUGAUGAACCAGUCCGUGUGCAGAGAGGUUACAGUGUUUGGAUCAUGCCUGGAUCCUUUGUUCGGGAUCGAUGCUACAACAUUCUCAAGGUACACACAGCAUGCAGUACACCAUCAGACGGGCUGCAAUGAGUUGGAACUUCUUCAUGCCUCGGUUACAAAAACACUAGUAGGGCAUCCCUUCUACUUUGGAUUUAAGGCAUCAGCCAACUUCUCUGUUCAGAGUAAUGAUUACACUGAUUCAUAUGCAUCUUUAGCAAAUAUUGUGGCUAGGGAUCAUGAAAAUUUGGUUGCAGUGCAAAUGACCUCCCCAUUUCAGAAAUGGAACUUUCCAACUAUAGUACAGUACUUAUCUAAUAUCAUGUCCAAUCGGAAUAGCCAACUUGUUGAGAAGGGAGGGUAUGUGCAAUGCUGUAGUAAAGAUGAGUGUGAUAUAUGCCCUUUAAUAGCUGUCCCUCAAAACAAGAAUGAAGGGUUGAAAUCUGUGAAUGUCCAAGAAACAAUUGACGACUCUGAAAAGAGAGAGGUAAAUAUGCCAGAAGGUAUAGAUUUGACUUAUUUGACUUGCUCAAAAAAAGAUGCAACACGUGAUGAAGGUUCCCGAGAAACCUCUCUCUUAGGAGAGACAUUUUUGAGCUGUAGUUUGCCUAGUUUUAGGCUAAGCUGUGAUAAGAAUUUGUCCGCAAUAAACGGAGCCAUCUGUAGUAGACUGUCCAACGGUUCUGAUCAUCCAAGGUAUUCAAAUCAUAGUGAUAGCAGUGGCACCAAACAUUAUGUAGAAUCUGUGCAUUGUGAAAUGCACAAAGAGUCAUGUAAUCUGCCAAUAUGCACCAUUGAUAGCAACGUCGGCCAUCAAGGAACUAGCAUGCACAACGUACAUGAAUCAAAAUCAGUCAAAGAAUGUAUUCCAAAUGCUGCAAAAGAUUGUGCAAAUUUGUGUAUCAAAGACGACCUACUAGUAGAAGGUUGUAGGAAGAGCAAUCAGAAGCCAGGUAGUCGUGUGACCAUUGUGAAUAAUGCUAAGGAUGAAUGUGCCAUGAAUAAACCUGAAGAUAGUAGGCGGAUGGAGAAUAUUGCUGUCGACACCUGUGGUAUCGAUGGUAGAAGCAGGGAUGCAGGCAUGACCAUUGAUUCAAGGAACAAGGGUCUUGAACAGGAUGCAGUGGGCACCAAUGAUUCAUCGAUGGUUCAAGAAUGCGAGCAGUACAUGAACAAAUGGUUGGAGGAGAACAGCUUUGAUGGGUGGUCCUACCAUGAACCCAUUCAACAUCUUGGUAAAACUCACAGAAGAUCACCUUGCCUGGACAACAAGGCUGUCAACGUUGUCCCCUCUUGCAAUGAAGAAGACAGAGAGGGUGAUGAAGCCAACAGAACCUCUCAGCCAGACUUCUCUCGUGAAAGUACGUGUUAUGAAUUUCCUGAGGAUCUACCCUUCUCAGAAGACCUGAAUCAGUUCCUGCAUGACGUAGAAGAGGAACAUGCACAGUCGAAGGAUAGGGAAGUCGGCAGGAGGAGACAUCCAGCUCUAAAAGAUAAUACAUGUAUUAGCACCAUUGGCAGUGAUAAGGAGAUAACAACAGUCUCAAAGUGUGAAAGGUCAAGUGCACCUAAUGGUGAAACAGGAAGCACAGAAGAGAAUUUCAGUUGUGCCAAGUUUUCCUAUCACAGUGAAAGGACAGAGAGUGGAAUAAACUCUAGCAUGUGUAAUACAGCUGGAACAAGUAGCUUGGUUAAAGGAGAUACUGAAACUGACAUGUGCUAUGCAAAAGAAAGAAAGUGUAAAGAAAGUCCAGUGUGUGACACCCAGUGCAAUACAGCGCAAGAAGAAGGAAAGGAACUUAAAAAGACACAGUUGAUUAGGGAUAAACUUGAAGAUGUGAACAACAGAGGCAGGAAAUGUGUGGAUGAAAAUGUGUGUGAUGAUGGCAGGGUCCUUUCAAAGACCUCCUUGCAAAAUGAGAAAAGGUCAUGUAACGGUUCCACUGUUAGAGAGAUGGAAUUAGACUCUGCCUGGAGUGAAGACUGCAGCCAAAGUCCGCUCCUCUUUUCCCAAUCACAAUCCCCCAUCUUACCGGCAAUGCCAUCAAGACACCUCACAUCUCAAAGGUAUAGAUCUCAAAAUGGAGACAGAUUAUCUACGCCUGAUAUUGACAACUCACUGCCCGUCCAACACAGAGCAACUCCUCAAUUGAGACUAGACUUCAAUCUGAGCGGACAGAAACUGACCGUGAACAAGCCAAAUGACCGAAACAUCCAGGGGGAGAAUUUCUGUGGAGAUCUACAAAGUCCAGAUCAAGGAACUCCAUGUCUCUUCUCCCAAGCACAAGACGAUCCAGUGAUCCCUUCUCAGCACUCUUCAAUCCCAGUCAUCAGAAACUCCAGGCGAGCAUUUCACAGCAGACAAAGAACAACUCCCCUUCGACAGCUGUUCAUGCAGAGAGCCAGCUCCUGGAAAAUGUCCAGCACACCCAUGACAAGCAAGAAGAAAACCAUUUUAGAAAGGUCAUUCGAAAGCCCAUUGUCAUGUGCUACUCCAAGCCUUUUCUCAUCAGAAAAUAGUCCUGACGUUGGAGGUACAUCAUCUAAUCUUGGUCAAGUGAAUCGGUCAAAAGAGUAUUCCCAGAGGGAAGCAUCCAUUAUAUCCAAUAGUUUUGAAUGCACACCAGACCUUUUUUAGAAGCUAAAAUCUAAGUGAAAUUUGAUUACCCAUUACCUCACCUAAAAUAAUACACAAUGAGAGAUUUAGCUCUCAAAAGCUCUAAAAUAGCUCUGGUAAGAAAUUGUACAUUAAAGUCACUGUGAUAAAAUCUUGUUUGUUUAUAGCAAAAUCCCAAAAGUUAUUUUCACACAGAUGAACCUGUAAAAAAAAAAGGGGGGGGGGGUGUCAGGGAAUAGGGU